AUGGAGAAGGAUCAGCAGCUUGUGGUGGAGAAAGGAAAAGUCGUGGUGAGGAUGAAGUUCUCCCAAGUGAGAGGUGAGGAAGGCUGCCUCAACACUGAAUUCUGUGCAGGCACAGAGUGGGACCGUUUGUGGUACAUCUGGUUGGUGGUGGUGAUUGGUGGGCUCCUGCUCCUGUGUGGCCUGGUUUCUGUCUGCGUGAGGUGCUGUUUUCAGUGCCAUCAGGCAGGGGACGAGUCGGGGCCUCAGCCCUACGAGGUCACCGUCAUUGCUUUCGACCACGACAGCACCCUCCAGAGCACCAUCACCUCUCUCCACUCCGUGUUUGGGCCUGCUGCCAGGAGGAUAUUAGCAGUGGCACACUCCCACAACGCUGCCCAGGGAGCGCCGCCCCUCUCGGCGUCGGACACCCCGCCGGUGUACGAAGAAGCCCUGCACAUGAGCAGGUUCACGGUGGCCAGGGCGGGCCAGAAAGUGCCAGACCUGGAUCCCGUGCCGGAGGAAAAGCUGCAGGCACCUGCUGAGGCCAAGGAUGCCCAGCCAGCCCUCCCAGGACAUUAGUGCCUGGUUUUAAUUAAUGGCAAAUAAUACAGAACAGUUAAAUGCAGGGACUAAUUCAUGUGGGCAGGGUUGGGAAUCUCCGACUGACUUCCUUAGUUUAAUGAGAAAGGGGGCGGAAAUUAGCUAAAAUUCCAAAUAUUUUCAGAUCUAGCGUAGUUUGACGCCUCUUUCUGACACCUCCUUGAGAUGGUUGGCCAUUGGCAUUCUCCAAGUCCAUUUAUUACAGGCACACAACACCAGUAGCAGAGCUGGCACAAACAAGCUGGCAGCAGGAUCAAGGUGCUGAGCCAUCUUGCAGGGUGAUGGCAGAUGCGGUCUCAUUCCUCCUGCCUCAACCCUGGGUUUCCUCAGGGUGGCAGAGAGGAUUUCAAAACAGACAAAAACUAAACCAACCAAACAAAACCCAAACCAAACAAAAAAAAAGACCCGUGAGAAGGUCUAUUAAGGCCCAGUAAUAACACCAAACUUCUGGAAACGGCCAAACAUCUCUAGUCAUUUUUAAAACAAACAAUCUGCAUGUAAACAACGGAGAGGAUAUAUACAGAAUGUGCCCUAAAUGUCCUCCAGGAUACACAGAAUGAAGACAGUCUGGUUCUGAAUAGGAUAUAUAGCAAUUCUGAAGUAGUAGUCUCAAGCUCUUAUAUUUGAAUUAAAAAAUAUUAUAUUAGGUGCCAACAGAUCAAACAAGGGGAGGAGCAGGAACACUGCCCCUGAAAUAAAGCUCAAUCAUCUUUUCAUUGCAUUCAUAUUGUAUCAUUUAUUAAUUCCUACUGUUGCUGUCAAAACCAGAUCAAUUUAAGUAAGACCACUUAAAACAUUUAAGCCAUUUCCCAGACAGAAUAAUUUGAGAGUCUCUCCUGAUCGAUACAA